AAUUGGAAUAUGUCUUUCUGUUAGCAAGUGAAUAUAACAGGUAUUAUAAUCAGUAUUUAUAAGACAUUUAAGGCAAAAAAGAUUUUCUGAUAUUUGCCAUCGGCAGUCUGACACAUAUUACAGAACUGAAAGUACUGGCACCUACCGCAGCUUUGCUCACAAGCAUGGACAUCAUUAACACAGAUUCUGCAUCAGAGGCCAGAGACCUGCCAGAGAAACUGGUAGCUCUGUAUGAUGCCAAUAUGAGAGACCUCUGCCAAAAUGAUCUACAAAAGAAGUGUGAAGAGAUCUUUAUAAGACUGGCGACGGAGUUAACUUAUGAACAGUGUGUAAACCUUGAACGUGCGACUAAAGAGCAGGCCAACUCUCAAGACUGGCACAAAUACAGAAUUGGUAGGAUAACAAGCACAACCCUAUAUCAUGUAUGUACUGCAAACGAGACUGAAAAAACAGACCUUGUAGAAAAGAUAAUGCAGUACAACCAACAGGAUUUGUCCCAUGUCCCCGCAGUAAAUUGGGGAAAAAAUAACGAGGACAUAGCCAGAAAACAAUACAUAAAAGAAAUGAAAGCAAAACAUCAGAACUUUAACGUGGAUCUCUGUGGUCUUGUUAUGCUGCCAGGUAAUCCCCAUCUUGGGGCAUCACCGGAUGGAAUAGCAAACUGUACCUGCUGUGGUAAAGUCGCUGUAGAGAUUAAGUGCCCAUACAAAUACCGUGAAGGUCUGAAAGGGAUUAGUGAGGACCCAUAUUUCUGCUUAGAUGAAAAUUUUCAACUAAAAAAGGCUCAUCAAUACUACCAUCAAGUUCAGCUUCACAUGUUUGUAUGCAACGUCCAGUCCUGCGACUUCGUGGUUUGGACAGAGAAAGAAGUUCAAAUCUGCCGCAUCGCCAGAGAUGAAGAAAUGCUGCAAGCAGUGCUGCCUAAAGCUGAAGUUUUCUUCAAACAGAGAGUUUUGCCUGAGCUAUUAACACACAGCAUGGAUACACGCGAUCCAAGUGGAUCAAAACCCUGAGUAAAUUUCUGCAAAGAAUAAAAAAAAUGUAAACCAUAGGGGCUUACUUAAAGACAAAAGCUAUAAUUUCUUUACUUUUCCAUUAAAAGGUUGAAUGUAAUGGGUAUAAUAGAAUGUAUAUUUUUCAGUAAUUUUUAAAACAUGUACCAAAUGCAUGUAAAAUAUGUAAUAUGUACUUUUAAGAGAAACGUGAGGAAUGUGGUUUUGACUAAUAAAGAGAGAUGAGCGUGAAGAGUGAUGACAUCAGG